AUGUCCCUACCUAAUUGCCGGGCAAAUUUAUUCAAAGACUUACUCCGAACCACAAGAACUGCAGGCGUGACAGAAGUCAAGGACGAAGAUUGUUUCAAGGGUAUCGCUCAAAAUGCUGUCCAACUUGAAUCAGCUUUGACGAAUCGCAAGCGUAAGACUAGUGAAAUGGAUGAAGAGGGUGUGUUUGUGGAGUGUUCGCUUGAUGAUCAAGAAAGGCCGAGAUUUAAACUAUCGAAACUGCUGGUCAUUGUAUAUGAAAACGAGGAAAUGGAAGCUAUAGUGGAAAGGGUCCUCGAUCAUUUUGCUUGGUUAUUGGAAGAGGUACAAAAACCGGAGGAAUCAGAAAUUGAAAAUAAAAGAGCUAAAGAACCUCGACCUGAUUGCAAAAAAGCGAAAAAUUGGGAGAAAGAACGUUUGCGCAAGCAAGUCUACAUCCACAAAUCAACAGUUAUGGAUAUCAGCGGGAACACGAUCGGAAAUAUAACCACCGGAACUACCAGUGGCGGAACUUUCAUUGCUGGAUCUCCUAAAGAAAUUACAUCAAAAAAAGGAAGCCGAGAAGAAUUAGAAUUACAACAAAGUGAUUCGAACACAUCAGAUUAUGAAAUUUUUGAAAAUACGAAUGGAAAAAAUGCGGAUGGAAAGAAACGGUCAGCCGAUGAAGCCUAUCCCCUCAUCCCUCCUCCCAAUCUUCGAGAUCGUACUCCCCCUCCCCAUCAGGCACAAGUUCAGCUUAAUAGCGAGAAUGACGAUGAUUUACAUGAUCAAGAUGAGAACGAGAAUGCAUCAACCGAGGUUCAAGAACUCAUCGCAAAGAUGGAAGAUGUAGACCAUCGUCUUUUUGAAUAUCGUAUUGUCAACCUCUCCGAAAAAAGUCUCGUAGAUCCAAUAAAUAAACUCUUUUCGGAUGAUGAUAAAAAAAGAAUGAGAAAUUUCUGGGAAGAGAUGGAGCCAUCGGCCGAAGAGAGGCAGAAUACAUUGCGUCGACCCAGGUGGGAAAAGAGUAUCAAGCCUCUAAUUGACAAGUAUGCGCUUUCCGUUGAGGUGAAGCCAAAAUCGGGCGAGUUUGAUUUCAAAAAACAUUAUGACGUAUUAUGGGUACAAGAUAUUUAUCAGCGAUUCAUGUUCUUGUUCGCCUCAUCUUUUAACAUGCUUCGCGAUGCAAAUACAUUGGAGAUAGCUUACAGAGAAUCAUUUGUUAAUCCUAUAAUUCCCAAGGCAUUCGAGGAUGUGAACGACAAGAUUAGGUUCCAAACAGAGAGCGCAUUACGUAAACAACAUCGAAACCAGACAAGAGGCCAAAAGCCUCGGGUAAUGCUUGGGUCAAAUCAUGACGGGAUUCUAAAGAUUUACAUGAAUGCAAGUCAGAUAGAGAUUGGAUUCUUAGAGGUUGUAGGGAACGCAAUGGUUGUGGAUCUUAAAAAAUAUCGUGAAGAUACGGAGAAAUUGUUCAAGGUGAUGCAAUUGUCAAUAUUUUACCAGCGACAGCACCACCUACGACGCAAUGCGACAGAAAAACAACUUGAAUGCCUUCAAAGUUUUGGUGUAUUAGUGUACCAGCGCGAGACAACAAUCUACAUAAUGCACCGUUCUAAAGGAGGUUUGUACAUUGUCGACAUCCUUACAAACUUCACGAUUCCGGAAAACAAGGACCAGGCAUAUGUGCUAGAUGAAAUCGUAGAAAAAAGCCGUGUAAUGGAUUAUUACCUUAAGUUGCAGGAAAUCUCGCGGAAGGCACAGGAAUAUACUCCCUCAAAUGAAAAUCUGUUAGAAGCGUCACCACCCAAAAAGCGUCAGCAAAAGCGAGAUCCUAACAAUUACUGA